AUGAGUCAUAAGAUCACUACGACCACGAAAUCAAACAAUCUCCCCUCUUCAGAAGAAAAUUUAAUUCCAAUUGUGCAUAUAGUAGCAGCAGAUUCUUAUAAUAAAAUACACGUGAAAUGGUCGAAUACGACGUCAUAUGGCGAGAAAAAUAACGAACUUACAAGUAAAUUUCAUCCAUUCUGGCUACGUGAUCAUUGUCGGUGCCCGGAAUGCUAUCAUCAAGUAACUAAACAACGUUUAGUAAAUACAUUUACGAUCCCAAAAGAUAUCAAAGCAUCUUCAGUAAAUGCAACUUCGGAUGGGUUAAACAUUGUGUGGUCAAAUGACAAUCAUUCGAGUUUUUUCAAGUGGAAUUGGCUACGAAUACACUCAUAUGAUCCACCGAUAAUCAAUCGAGAGAACCAAUUAACUAGUCAAGUAUUCUGGAAUAGCCAAAUGAUGCGGAAUUUCUUGCCAAUUCUACCAUUUGAGAAUGUUAUGCAUACACGUGAAGGAUUGACGCAAAUGCUUAAAAAUCUUGACCAAUAUGGAAUAACCUUUGUGAGUAAUGUUCCUGUGAACACUAAAGACACUGAAGCGUUAGCCCGAAGGAUCUGUUUUAUUCGCGGAUUCUAUGACUUUACGCCUAGCUUAGAACACGGAGACACAGCCUAUACAACAUUAGCACUAAAAGCACACACAGACACAACAUACUUUACCGAUCCUAUAGGACUCCAAAUGUUUCAUCUACUAGAAUUCAACGGCAAAGGCGGCGAAUCAUUAUUCGUUGAUGGAUUUCACGUGGCAAAUCUGCUAAAAUCACAAAAUCCACGUGCAUACAAAACCCUUUCCACAAUUCGAAUUCCUGCGCAUUGUGCCGGGGAUGAAAAUAUUUGCAUACAACCAACGCCGCAUUCAUUCCCAAUUCUAAAUCAUAAUCCAGUUACCAGAGCAUUAUAUCAAAUACGAUAUAAUAACGACGAUCGAUCGACAAUGUCGCAUCUGAAUCCGGAUCAAGUUGAAGAGUUUUACGACGCGUUGCGAGCGUGGAACAAGUUGUUGCAAGAUUCUGCGAAUGAAUUUUUGGUUCAGUUGGUUCCUGGUAGAGCUGUGAUAUUUGAUAAUUGGCGUGUGUUACAUGGCCGUACAGCAUUCGUUGGGCAUCGACGUUUGGCCGGUGCUUAUUUAAAUCAUGAUGAUUAUCAAAGUCGGUUGAAAGUUAAUUGUUUGUCCCUGAAUGAGAUCAAAGAAAAUCUUUAA